UAAAAUUUUGCGGGAAAUUUACAGUUUUGUUAUUCUAUUAAGAAAUACCAUAUGACUCCAAUGUCUGACAAUGAUGGACCCUGCGGAAGUAGAGUUUUUGGCAGAGAAAGAAAUGGUUUCAGUCGUGCCUAAUUUUUCACAAGACACAAUUUAUUUGAUUGGUGGAGAUAUUGGUCCAUUCAGUCCUGGUUUAUCUGUACAAGUUCCACUAUGGCUUGCUGUAAACCUUAAACAGCGACAGAAGUGCAGAGUUAUUCCCCCUGAUUGGAUGGAUGUUGAAAAACUUGAAGAGAAAAAACAGGCGGAAAACGACUCCAAAUUUUUCACCGAAAUGCCAAGCCGAUUCUACAUGGAGGUUACACAGUUAUUGUUAAAAAGUGCAACUGAUGAUAUACCAAAAGCUGAUGAAGUGCGAACGUUAAUAAAAGAUAUCUGGGAUUUAAGAAUUGCCAAACUGAGGAGCAGUAUUGAUACUUUUGUCAAGAGUGAUGCCACCCACGCUAAGCUGAAUUUCUUGACGCUGAUGGAGAUCAACACAGUGCGGCCAUUUCUCACGAAGGCGUUGGGUGAGAUGCACGUUCUGAGGUCGAACCUAAGCGGCGGAGUUCGGUCAACGCAGGACUAGAUCAGUGCGGAGUUCGGUCAACGCAGGACUAGAUCAGUGCGGAAACUUGUCAACGCAGGACUAGAUCAUUGCGGAAACGGGGAUUCUGUUCAUCAGUUUUCACGGAGGAGGAGAGAUCUAUUAACGCGUCCACAUCCCACAAAAGGUCCGGGUGCGUCUAUCCCAGGACCGGUCUCUGGCAUGGCCAGGGGUCUGACUCGGGGACAGAGUUUUCCUGGAUUUACCUGGAAUACCAGAUUUGUAUCAUCUAUACAGUGUUUCCUGGUUUUCUGCUGUGUGUCCAUAUUUUCCAUCUUCUUCAUUCAAAACUUAUAUGGUUUUCAGAUGACGAUUUGCACACAUUUUGAAUGUGGGCCACCAUUUUAGACCACUAUGAAACAUUAACGAUCAGGCCAAUCUUGGUACCAGACCGCAGUAUUAGAAAUACUGGAUUUUGUUUUUGUAACCCAUUUUCAUCCUAGUUUUGAAAACAGUUCCUGACACUGUUAAAUUAACCUCGAUUCCCAGAUUUUUUUAUAUUUUUAUUUCUGAAUAUUUCCAAUCCCAGAGAACUCAGGCGAGCAAGUGAUCAGUCAUUCACUAAACUAGGUUUUGUGCCAAAUGUUACAUGAAUGUGAUGUGAUAGAACAUGAUGAUGGUACCAGUCUAAUUGUUCGCAAGUGCUAGGCCUCCUAAACACAUCACUGUUCCGGUCUUUGACGAAAAGCUGAAAAUAACUCUUUUUCAGACCGUAAUUUUUGUGAGAUUUUUGCUUGGUCUCUUAUUUUCCUCCGUUAACAGCAGAUGGUGGCUUGUGUGCUGUACCAUAGGUGUAGAAUAAAAGAGAUUUGGGUUUUGUCUACAUCUGUCGGUCUUCUCAUCUGUGGAAAAUCUUUUGCAUGUAGAGAGGGCGAGUUUUAUGGAAUUUGACUUCCUUUUUUUUUCUUUCUUUUUUUGGAAUAAGAGACUGGUUUUGUCUACAUCUGUUUUUGUCUGUUUUUGUCGGUCUUCACAUCUAUGAACAAUUUUUUUGCAUGUAGAGAUCAAGUGCGAGUUUUAUGAAAUGACUUUUUUUUUUAAUUGUGACCCCUAAAUUUGAAAGACAUUAAGCCAUCACAGUUUACAAUGUGUCAAGAUAUCGAGCCGAAAUUUUGCUUUAUCACAUACAAUUGCAGAUAAAGUUUGUCAGAGUUAUGGCCCUUGAUGGUCAGUUUUCCAGACUUUGCAGGGCAUCAACAUAUUGAUUACUCAAUUGGCAUUUGUUUUUUAAUACCCCGUCCAACUCUAAUGAGGCUUUCAGUAUCCUGUCAUAAUAAUAUAAUUUUACGAAUAUCGUAACAUUUUCUGUUUGGUUGGGUUUGGUAAUAAUUAAAUUUCUGUUACAUUAAUUACAAAUACAAUUUAAUGUCAUCCCAUUGGUUGAGCUGUAGCAACCCAAGUUUGUUAAUUUCUUGAUGAACGUAAUAACAACUUUACGUUGGUACUUUGUCUUAUUGAGCAUUAUUGCUCAAGAACUAAAAAAUCAUUCAAAAUAAAUAUAUAUAUAUGAA